AUGAGCCGGGCCCUUUUAUUGUCAACCCCUGAGCCUGGAGACAUCCUCGUGAUUUAUCUCUCUGUCUCGGCUAAGGCGGUUAGCUCUGUGCUCAUCCGGCCAAAGGAAAGUGCUGAGCACCCAGUGCAUUAUGUUAGCAAAGCAUUACAAGAUGUCGAGGUUCCAUACCUGGACAUUGAGAAGUUGGCCUUCGCACUGGUAGUCUCGGCUAAACGUCUUCGACUAUACUUCCAAGCUCACACCAUCCAUGUCUUAACCAACCAACCGCUUAGGCAAGUGUUGCAGAAUCCAGAGACUUUUGGGAGGUUGGUUAAUGGGCCAUUAAACUUGUUCCACGUCGCCAGCAAUGGCAACCUCGACCUGACCCAGCCCUUAUGGACCUUAUAUGUGGAUGGCUCAUCCAAUGCCCAAGGAUGUGAGGCCGGCCUUGUUCUCAUCUCCCCAGACAAGAUUGUCCUUGAGUACGCCCUCCGCUUCAAAUUCCACGCCUCCAACAAUGAGGCAGAAUACGAAGCACUCAUAACUGGCCUUCGGCUAGCCAAUGAGAUAGGCGCCAAGCAAAUUCAGAUAUUCAGCGACUCACAGCUCGUUGUCCAUCAAGUCAACCAGGACUUCACAGCCAAUGACAUCUCUAUUACAGCCUACCUCCAGCAUACCUGCCAUUUGCUUGCAACAUUCGACGCCCAUCUUAUAAGCCAGGCUAGCCUCGUCCUUGGAGCAGGGCAUAGGUCGCAACAUCCACAUUUAGUUCUUGGAUCAGCCCAGCACACAGGCACCACUCAUCUCACGACAUGUCUAAUCAUCAAUGUCGCCUUCUACAAGCAUGGCUUCAGCCUUCCCUACCUUCGGUGCCUGACCCCAGAGGAAGGUAACUAUGUCCUAAGGGAGAUCCAUGAGGGUAUCUGCGGCAACCACUUAGGUGCUCGCUCCCUAGCACACAAGGCUAUUAGGCAAGGAUAUUUCUGGCCAUCACUUCACACUGAUGCCCAGGCCUUCACCCAGAAGUGCGAUAAGUGUCAGCGAUUUGCCAACAUCCCACAACUUCCAGCUGAACCAUUGACAACCAUGGUCAGCCCUUGCCCAUUUACCCAAUGGGGACUUGACCUCAUUGGACCUAUGCCAAAGGGCACGGGCCAAGUCAAGUAUGCAGUUAUGGCGGUAGACUAUUUCAUCAAAUAG